AUGCUUGUUAGGGAGUAUACUCCGUAUACUAUUUUACGUGAUAUGGCGAAUCACGACGACAAGCUGAAAAUCCUCAUCACUGGGGCUGCGGGGUUCCUCGGAUCCAACCUUGCAGAUUACCUCCUUGCAAAGGGCCAGGUAGUCAUUGGGAUGGAUAGCUUCCAAACAGGUUCUCCGCAGAAUCUUGAGCACCUCAGGAACCAUCCCGACUUUACAUUUGUCAAUCAAAAUAUACAACUGCCCUUGGAAGAUGUGGGCCAGAUCGAUCAGAUUUACAACCUAGCAUGCCCAGCCAGUCCGAUCCAGUAUCAAAAAGACCCGAUCUCAACGCUAAGGACAUGCUUCCAGGGUACACAAAACGUGCUCGACUUAGCUAUAUCGAAAAACGCCCGCGUCUUACAUACUAGCACAUCAGAGGUAUAUGGCGAUCCCCUCGUUCACCCCCAGCCCGAAACAUACUGGGGAAAUGUCAACCCCUUUGGGAUGCGAUCUUGCUACGAUGAAGGCAAGAGAGUAGCAGAAGCACUGUGCUAUGCAUACCGUGAACAACAAGGCGCUGAUAUCCGGAUCGCUCGCAUUUUUAACACAUAUGGCCCUCGCAUGAAUGGCAGCGAUGGUCGGGUCGUGUCGAACUUUAUCGUCGCUGCAUUGUCCGGUGAAGACCUGAAGAUCACCGGCGAUGGAACUGCAACACGGUCUUUCCAAUAUGUCACAGACUGUAUGAAAGGACUCUAUCGCCUAAUGAACAGUGACUACAGUGAAGGUCCUGUGAAUAUCGGAAAUGAUGGGGAGUUUACUAUCCAGCAGCUAGCAGAGAAGGUAGCUGGUCUCGUGGCCGAGAUGACCAAUCAGCCUAAGGUCAACAUUACCUACCAUCCACGCCCUGCAGAUGAUCCUGCUGUUCGUCGACCCCAGAUCUCGCUAGCCAAAGCUGUGUUGAACUGGUGCCCAACAAUCCCCUUGCAGGAAGGGCUACGAAGAACGAUUGAGUGGCAUGUAAGCGAGCGAGUCGUGUCCUAG